AUGUCUCGCAGGUACACACAUUACCUUUGUCCAUCCCAAGUCUUUCCUGAUUCCUAUCACUCACACAACCACACCGAUAUCAACCUACCAUUCUUUUUGAUCAUGGCGCAAGCAUUUGGCAAACUCCCCGGCGGAGUUCUCAAGACGCCCGAGGAGUUCACUCUUCGGGUCCCGGACCAGGACCUGGAGGAAUUCAAGCAGCUGUUGAAGCUGUCCAAAAUUGGCCCCGAGACGUGGUACAACAAGCAGGAGGGUGGCCGCUUUGGCGUCACCCGCGAAUGGCUCAUCAAAGCGAAAGACGCCUGGCUGAAGUACGACUGGAGAAAGCAGGAAGACCGCAUCAACUCGUUCCCCAACUUCAAAUCCAAGGUCGAGAACGCGGACCUGGGCACGCUGGACAUCCACUUCACCGCGCUCUUCUCAAACAAGAAGGACGCAGUCCCUGUCAUCUUCAUGCACGGCUGGCCUGGUUCGUUUCUCGAGUUCCUCCCGAUGCUCGACUUGCUCGUAAGCAAGUAUACACCCGACACCCUGCCGUACCACGUCAUCGUGCCCUCACUACCGGGGUACGGACUCUCGGCGGAUUCGAUUCCCCUGGACAAGGAGACGACCCUGGACUCCGUGACCGCUUCUCUCCAUCAGUUGAUGCUGGAUCUGGGAUUCGGUGGAGGUUACGCCGCCCAAGGUGGCGAUGUCGGGAGCUUCACGGCCAGACUCUUGUCCGGGUACAAGGAAUGCAAAGCGUUCCAUGUGAACAUGCUCUUCCCAGAAGAGCAAGACAUAGCCGGCGGCACUGACGGGUUGUCGCCUCAAGAUCUGGAGCGAUUGCAGAGGGGGCGGGCCUGGGGCUCAACCGGGAACGCGUACGCCCUGGAACACGGGACGAGGCCGGCGACCAUUGGAUUAGUCCUGUCCGCGAGCCCGCUCGCACUGUUGGCUUGGAUCGGAGAGAAGUACUUGGAGUGGGUAGACGCACGUCAACCCCUUCAGCUGGAGACCAUUCUCGAGUUGGUCGGCCUGUACUGGUUCACGUCCACAUUCCCGAGGAGCGUCUACUCGUACCGGCCAUUGGCAGAAGGCUUGGCCGCUGGGAAGUCUAUAACGAUUCCCACUUCGAAAGAAAUCCCAUUCGGAUACUCGGCCUUUCACAGCGAGAUUAGCUACUUGCCGAAGCAAUGGGCAGAGAAGUCGUACCCGAAUCUCAAGUUCUAUCGAACGCAAGACAAGGGCGGUCACUUUGCUGCACUUGAGCAGCCGGAGACAUUCUUGCAGGAUAUCGAGGAUUUCCUCGCAUCGGUACAGGUCGUGUCUAGUUGA